UUAGUAAUUUCGUUCUCGCAGUGACUUUCCCCUCUCUCUCUCUUUCUCUCUAUAAAGGUGUCGCCGGCCGGAACCUGAUAUUGGAGACUCGCCGGGUAGUCGGAACUGUACGGAAAUAUUUACAUCGUAGGAAGAAGAUGAAGGUUUUCGUGAAGACACUGAAGGGUACUAACUUCGAGAUCGAAGUGAAACCCGAAGACUUGGUUGUUGAUGUCAAGAAGAACAUAGAGACAGUUCAGGGGGCAGAUGUAUACCCUGCUUCUCAACAGAUGCUCAUUUAUCAGGGGAAAGUUCUUAAGGAUACAACAACUCUUGAAGAAAAUAAAGUUGCUGAAAAUAGUUUUAUUGUUAUCAUGUUAAGCAAGACUAAGGUUUCGCCAAGUGGAGCAUCAGGUACGUCAGGCGCUGCAACAAGUCAGGCUCAACCCGCAAGUACUCCUACCUCAACAGCACCAUCUACAACAUCUCAAGUUCCCCCCUCAGCUGUAGUGUUGCCACAGCCUGCCCCUCAAACUGCUCCUACUGCAGCUCCUACCACAGCCCCUACUGCGUCCCCAGGAUCUGAUGUGUAUGGCCAAGCUGCAUCAAAUCUUGUUGCAGGAAAUAAUUUAGAGUCUACCAUUCAACAGAUUCUUGAUAUGGGUGGAGGAAGUUGGGACCGGGAUACUGUUGUUCGUGCUUUACGUGCUGCAUUUAACAACCCUGAAAGAGCUGUGGAAUAUCUGUAUUCUGGAAUUCCUGAACAAGCUGAAAUUCCACCGGUUGCCCGAGUUCCUACGAGUGGGCAGGCAACAAAUCCUCCACCACUUAAUUCUCCUGUACAGGCUCCACAGCCAGCAGCGCCUGCUGGUGGUCCUAAUUCGAAUCCACUGGAUCUCUUUCCGCAGGGCCUUCCAAAUAUGGGUGCAAAUGCUGGUGCAGGCACCUUGGAUUUCCUCCGCAACAGUCAACAGUUCCAAGCAUUGCGAGCUAUGGUGCAAGCAAAUCCCCAAAUCCUGCAGCCCAUGCUUCAGGAGCUGGGAAAGCAGAAUCCACAUCUAAUGCGGCUCAUUCAAGAGCAUCAAGCUGAUUUUUUACGCCUCAUAAAUGAACCUGCUGAGGGAGAAGGGAAUCUACUGGGUCAGUUGGCUUCGGCAAUGCCACAGGCUGUGUCUGUCACCCCUGAGGAGCGAGAAGCCAUUGAACGUCUUGAAGCUAUGGGCUUUGAUAGAGCUAUAGUUUUGGAAGUAUUCUUUGCAUGCAACAAGAAUGAGGAGCUGGCCGCCAAUUAUCUUUUGGAUCACAUGCAUGAAUUUGAAGAAUGAUCAACGUGGUGUUUUCUUAUGUUCUCUGCUACAUGUAUCUUCCUUCCUUUCACCGACACUCCUCUACCAUGUUGGUCGAGUUUAUCAAUAUCCUUUAGGGUGUCUUACUCCAACUGUUUUCUUGUCAAGAUUUCUAUCUUUCGGAUAUAGUAUUUUCAGAGUUACUGUUUCAAAUCUCAAUUCGAAUGUUUAGCACUCUUAAGUAAUUCAAGUCCACCACAAAAUGCAGAAAAAACAGUAUUUUAGAAAUUCUCAAUAAAAUUGCUAUCAAUCUUGAUCUUA